AUGUCCGGGAAUCACGCAUUGGUAUUCGGUGCCUCCGGUCUGGCCGGUUGGGCCGUUGUCGACGAGCUACUUUCCAAUUACCCCGCACACGGCACCUUCAGGAAAGUCACAGCAUUGGUGAAUCGCCCUCUGAAGCUUGAAGAUUCCUGGUGGCCGGCACCGUCUCCAGAUCGGCCGGAACUGGAGCUGAUUGCCGGAGUCAAUCUGCUCAACGGAUCCGUGGAGGAAUUCACCGCAUUCUUGAAAGAUAAGGUCAAGGAUGUCGGCGCUGUCACGCACGUUUUCUAUUUCGCAUACAAGCAGGAAGAUGACUGGAGCGUCGAGACCCGCGUCAACACUGGCAUGUUUGAGCGUGUUGUCGGCGCCGUCGACACACUCGCCCGAGGAUUGAAGUUCUUCGUCUUCCCAAGCGGAACCAGGGGCUACGGCAUCCACGUUCCCGGCGGCCUGCACAAAGCGCCCCUCGUCGAAACCAUGGACCCGCUACCCGAGCCCUACCGCAACAACGUCUUCUACUACAACUACCAGUCCAUCCUGCGCACUGCCAGCGCUGACAAGCCCUGGACCUGGGCCGAAAUCCGGCCCGACGCCAUCAUCGGCUUCUCCCCCACCGGCAGCACCUACAACCUGACCGCGCACUGGGCGUCCUACCUCAGCACCUACGCCCUCAUCCACGGGCGCGGCGCGCGCGUGCCCUUCCCAGGCACUGUGGCCGGCUGGGCCGACGCGCCCUCCAACGACGCGUCGUCUGCCAUCAUCGCCCGCGCCGCUAUCUGGGCCAGCCUGAACCCAGCCGUGUCCUCUGGACAACUCUUCAACAUCGCUGAUGAGGAAAAGGCGCUGGCGAUGAGUGAGCGGUGGCCGCGGUUGGCGGCUUGGUUUGGGUUGGAGGGGGUGGGGCCGGAGGAAGGAGAGGGGGAGGAAGGGGAGGAGGUGUUGAGGCCGGGGAAGUUUGUGGAGAGGCAUCGGGGGGUGUUGGAGAGGGCGGGGGUGAAGGGGGGCGCGAGGGUGUGGCAGCGGGAGGCGCUGGAUACGGUGGGGGAGUGCUAUGGGUUUGAUCGGAGGUUGGGGUUGGGGAAGAUUCGGGCGGCGGGGUUUACGGAGGAGAGGGAUGCGGUGGGGUCGUGGUGGAGGGCGUUUGAGCGGUUUAGGGAGGCGGGGAUGAUUGUUUGA